CGUCGGAUUGAAUCUCUAAUCGUGUUGCAGAGCAAGCGAGCUGCGUCGCGUCUUUGUCGCUGUCGCCGGCUAUAUCCACCGGAAUCUCUGCCGUGAUUCGACGAGCACUUCUGAAGAAUCGGUUCGAGUAGAUAGUUGUGGGAUUUUUCAAGGAAAAGGUCUGUUUCUGGGCGUCCUGAAUUUUCCUGAAAGAUGAACAAGCUUUUAGAAUUUGGGAGAAGAGCAAUGUUCUAUGUCAGAGUCCUCUCUGGGUACGAACAAAGGAGGAUUCGGAAUUACAGGUUGCAGCUCGAGCAGCGUAUCCAGCAGGCACAACAGAAGAAAGCUGACAUAAAUAGACUCCCUGAGCGACUUAUAUUAUCCGAGGUCCGCCAAAUGGUUGAGGAGAUGCAGAAUUUGAAUAAGCAGCUCGAAGAAACGGAGGCUAGGAUUGACGAUUACUUCAAACCAGUAGACAUGCAGGCAGAAUCAAUAAUGGAGAUUCAGCUCCAAGGAGAGAAGGAGCCCAUGAAGCAAAUGAUGGCUGCCACUCAGGAACUUACAUUUAAAAAGAUUGAAGAAGCUGAGAAACGUGCCAUGGCACAAAGAAACGCAAACACUAGUGAGAAAAAUAACCCAGAUUCAGAGUCGGCAGCCGGCCAGCCAGCACCAGGAGGCUGAUCCGAGGUAUUCUUUUUGGGUUUGAUACAGCGACUAGAUCCAGAAUCCUCCACUGGGUGUGUGUUAUCUCUUGAGAAUUGCAGAGAUUGCUAGUUGAUUAAGACGAUUAUCCCAUGCCUAUACAUUCGUUUG